AACUCAAAAAAAAAAAACAUGGACAAACAAAAAAAAGGCAAUUGAAGAAAAAAUACAUUAAUACAAUGACGUUUUAUUUUUGGAUCAGUUGAACUCUUUGCAAAUAAAUAAAGAGUUUCAGUGCGGCUUUAAAGCGUGUCUUAAGCGACAACAAACAAUCGAAAGAUUUGAUUCGAACAUAAUAGUGCGGUAUACUGUGGCUAUACAAUAUAUAUUUUGUUCACGUGUGAAAUGGCCAAGUUUAGCACUAUUUUUUGUUGCCUCGUUGUGUUCUGGAUUGGACUGGACGGUGUUUUGGCGAUACCCAUUCUGGAAAUCGACACGAACAAAUGCCAGAGCUGUCCGGAGAAGCGGCCCGAAUGUGAACCGGAUCAGGUGCUCGUUGAGGUCGUGCGCGGCACCGGAGAGCCGGGCAGCUGUUGUUCGCGCUACCAGUGCGUCAGCGAAAUGCCCGUCUGCGAUCGCUCGAAUCCCAUUCGAUACUAUCCGAACGCGUGCAUUGAGUGCAAGACCUGCUCCAUCUGCCUGUCCAUCUGUCCAUCGAGCGAGUCGGAGCAGUUGCUCAACUGUCUGACCUUCAACGAGGAGCCCAAAAUGAAGGGUGAUAUCUGGAUGGAGAAUAACGGCUGCACCACAUGCGAAUGCGAUCAGCAGAGUGAGCGAUCCUGCAAGGCCACCCAGUGUCUGGAGCCGGAUUGUGAGAAUCCCAUUCAGAGAGAGGGCGACUGCUGUCCGGUCUGUCCCGCCGAACACGAAGAGGAACUGAUCAGACCCUCAAUAGCGGGCACCACCAGUGGACCUUCACUGGCUCUAAAUCACACCAGCACCAGCAGCAGCACCAGCAGCAGCACCAGCAGCAGCACCAGCACCACUGAGAAGAUCGAGGAUACCACUGCUGCGAUGGUUGAUCCCUCGAAUGAAUAUUCCAGCACCGACACAACAACUACUGGUUCCGUUUCCUCGACCGAAAACGAGCCAAGUGAUGUUCCAUCAACCUCCAGCACGACGAUCGAUAGCUCCACUGAAAGCGACAAUGCCACGACCAUGGAGUCGUCGCCAGCCAGCGAGGGCCCCGUAGCCCCCCCGGACUUUGAUGAGUAUUCAAGUUUGGAUGCCAAUUCCACAAAGCCAACCACAGAUCUCACUGCAAGCUCUGACACUACCGACGAAGGCGGCUCCACAACCACCUCGGUCUAUGAAACCUCAACGGAUGCCUUCUCAAUGGAGAAAGAUCAGAUUACCAAUCCACACGAAACGGGGUCAUCCUCAAUUGAGUUCAAUAACGAGAGCACCCCCUCACAGAUGCUCGAUGAGAUUAGCUCAGAGGAGACCGUGACCACAUCCACUGAAGAUUCGCUGCCAGAGGCGGCCAGCGAUCAUCCUAGCACAUCGGAGCCACCACCGCCGCCAGCACCCCAGUCGACCAGACUGGUUUCUGGAUCCAAUAACACGGACAGGACCACUCGCACAGUCUUGGAAGAUGCUGUGCCUGUGGAGAAGGAUGGUGUCAAGCGUUGGAUCUCGAUUCCCGGUGUUGUUGUCGGUUUUGUUGUCUUUUUCGUGUGUGUGUUUGCCAUCUUUUACUUUUGCUUUGUCCACAAGAAGCAAACCAAUGGCAAGAAGCAAAACACGGACUACCGUGAGGUAUCACAAGCCAAUCCACAGCCGUUGGGCAAUACGGGGCUAUCUCCAUUGCUAACGCCCAUCGGCAGUGAGCCUGUCAAGGAAGAAUUGCAGAACUAGCAUUUUUAUUGUGGUGCCUCUUUCAUCCUCUCUGCAGACUGAUUUUUGAUCUUACCCUCUAGUGGUCCAAUCCAUCUAGAACAAAUUAAACCAAAACAGUGGAAAAAGUCUGCAAUAGUGAUACGACAUAGAGAAGAGAGAGAGAGAGAGAUAGAGAGAGAGAAAUAACCUUAUCAGAUCCAUCAACAAAAAUGA